AUGUCGGCCGCCGUGGCGUGCCUGGACAACUUCGCCGCUGAGUGCUUGGUGUCCAUGUCCGCGGGCCGCCGUGGUUCACGCCGCCCGCCGGACCCCGAGGGCGCGGGCGGAGCCGCAGGCUCGGAGGUGGGUGCGGCGCCGCCGGAGUCCGCUCUGCCGGGUCCGGGGCCACCGGGACCCGCGUCGGUCCCCCCGCUCCCCCAGGUCCCCGCCCCCAGCCCCGGCGCGGGCGGCGCCGCGCCCCACCUGCUGGCUGCAAGCGUCUUGGCUGACUUGCGCGGCGGCUCUGGGGAGGGCUUCGGGGAGAACUCGGGGGAAGCUCUGCGCGCCUCGUCCGGCUCCUGCGACCCGACCGGUUGCUCCGGCCCGACCCUGGGCUCAGAGCCGACCCCGGCCUCCAGCGCGGCCGAUGGUCUCCGGACCCGCGCACUUCCUCCGGCGCGCUCGCGGUCCCAGGCCGCUCCUGCCGUCUCCGGAGCGCCUGCCGCCCCCGGGGCGGUCCCCGGCGUGGCCCCUGGGGCGGGCCCGCCCCCGCCACAGGUCCAUCCCUCGUCGGAGGCCGGUACACCUGCAGCGAAGCGCCAUCGCUGCCCCUUUCCGGGCUGCAACAAAGCCUAUUACAAGUCGUCGCAUCUGAAGUCCCACCAGCGCACCCACACGGGUGAGCGCCCUUUCUCCUGCGACUGGCUCGACUGCGACAAGAAGUUCACGCGCUCCGACGAGCUGGCCCGCCACUACAGGACGCACACGGGCGAGAAGCGCUUCUCCUGCCCCCUCUGUCCCAAGCAGUUCUCCCGGAGUGACCAUCUGACCAAGCAUGCUCGCCGCCACCCAGCCUAUCAUCCUGACAUGAUCGAGUACCGCGGGCGUCGUCGCACUCCCCGAGUCGACCCCCAACCCACCAGCCUGGUGGACAGCUCCGCCUCCAUCCCCGGCCAGGAGCCCAGCCUCACCACCUGCCUGUCUGACAGUCAUUGCUGUUAGUCAUCCCCACAAGGACGAUCGCCCAGACCGUUGUCCCUGCCUUUCCUUGCCCAACCCUCUC